AUGAGAAUUGACGCAUCGCUCGCGAUCCUCGCAUCGCUGAGUGGUGUUGCCGCCUUCUGGCGCCUGGAAUGCCGCGGCCGUCUUGCCAUCGCGCGUCUUGAUCCUCUGAUUAGCCCAGGCACCGCGUCUUUGCACGCGCAUGCCAUUCACGGUUCCUCGGGCUUCAAUGCUGCGGCGACGUACGAGGAUCUCAGAAAUGGUGACUGCACCUCUUGCGCUGUCACCCAAGACAUGUCGGCGUACUGGGCACCGACCCUUUACUUCAAGCACGCCAAUGGCAGCUACGAAGAGGUCCAGCAGAUCGGUGGCAUGCUUGCCUAUUAUAUGUUGAACAAGGACUUGAAGGACAUCAAUAAGCAGAUCACGGCAUUUCCCAACAACUUUCGUAUGAUUGCCGGCGACAGCACCCGGCGCAAUUACUCGGUCACUGGCGGAUACAGCGUUUUUGAGGCUGACCCGCCCAAGUCACGGUGGGCUGAAUUCCAACAGGUCAACCAGCAUGAUCUUGCUCAGCGCGCUACUGGCUUCAACUGCCUCAACUACAACGUAGCCGCUGAGGGUGCUUUGAUGCGCCACUACCUGCCCGACAAGGCCUACUUGGAUGCUCACUGCUCGGAAGGAGUCCGAUUUGAGAUUGCGUUCCCUUCCUGCUGGAACGGCGUGGAUGUUAGCACCCCGAACCACAAAUCGCACGUUGCCUACCCGGACCUAGUUCUUAAUGGGAACUGCCCGGAGGGGUUCGACGUCAAACUGCCUACUCUGAUGUACGAGACAAUCUGGGCCACCCAUGCCUUCAAUAGCGUGCCUGGCGAGUUCGUCAUCUCCAACGGUGAUACGCAGGGCUUUGGCUAUCAUGCCGAUUUCAUGAGCGGUUGGGACUCCGAGUUCCUGCAGGCUGCUGUCAACCAGUGCACCAACCUGACCGGCAGGAUCCAGGACUGCCCUCUCUUUGACGUCAUCAGCGAGGAUCAGCAAAGACAGUGCAAGAUGGCGGCCCCUGCGAUACUCACUAGCGAGAAGGUUACCGGUAUCAUCGGGGACUCGCUCCCUGGAGGUGUUGUCAUUCAAUACGGCCCCGAGCCCGCGACUGGUGGGAGCAACGCGCAUACUGUGCCGGUCUCAGUUGCUGUGCCCACCGUCAGCUACACACCCGGCACUACCGCCUCCGAAGGGAACUACCUCCCUGGGGGCGUCUUCAAGGAGAGUCCGACCUCUACCUCCGUCUCCAGCUCGACCUCCAGCUCCGUCUCGAGCUUGAGCUCGAGCGCGGAGGCCGAGGUAAACGCGCUGGCAGAGCCCUCUCCGUCUCCUACUCCCACACCAAUCCCGUCGGACCCGCCUGUCCCUGAAGGCUACGAUCUUGUCCGCACCGAUUACGUUACCAAUGGCAACGUGGUCAGCAAGAUCGUUGUCAUCGAGACGGUGGAGUACGUCGUGAUGACUACCGAAGUCGUCACUGUCACGGCGACUCCUGAAGUCAACAAGGUGCGGCGCGAUGUGCAUCUGCACCACCAUCGCCACCACCACGGCUUGCAUUAA